AUGACCACUUCCCUGCAAGAUGGGCAAAGCGCCCCGGGGAGAGCGGCUGCCCGGGGCUUGGGGCUGGCCCAGGUGUGCGGUGCUGCCCAGGGGAGGGGCCACGCCAGUGCCCUGGCAGCGCGCCCCCCGGGGCUGCCCUGUCGGACGCUUCUGCCCCCUCUGGAGGGCGCCCAUUUUUGUGCUGCAGACAGGAGAAAAAAGAAAGAUCUCAAUGUUCUAGAAAUGCCAUCUAUUCCAAAUCCUUUCCCUGAGCUUUGUUGUUCUCCAUUUACAUCUGUGUUUUCAGCAAGCCUAUUUCCCAAAGCAAAUUCAAGAAAAAAACAGGUAAUUAAAGUGUAUAACGAAGAUGGUACCAGCAGAGCAUUGGAAGUACCAAGUGAUAUAACAGCCAGAGAUGUUUGCCAGUUGUUAAUCCUUAAGAAUCAUUACAUCGAUGACAACAGUUGGACUCUUAUUGAACACCUUCCUCACAUAGGUUUAGAGAGAACAAUAGAAGACCAUGAAUUGGUGGUUGAAGUUCAGUCAAACUGGGGAAUGGAGGAAGAAAAUAAGCUAUACUUUAGAAAAAAUUACGCCAAAUAUGAAUUCUUUAAAAAUCCAGUGAGUUUUUUUCCGGAGCAUAUGGUGUCUUUUGCAGCUGAAACCAAUGGAGAACUCUCUCAAGCUCUUAUUUUACAGAAUUUUCUGAGUUCUAGCACAUAUCCUGAAAUACAUGGUUACUUACAUGCAAAAGAGCAGGGGAAAAAGUCCUGGAAGAAGAUUUACUUUCUUCUAAGAAGAUCAGGUUUAUAUUAUUCUACCAAAGGAACAUCAAAGGAACCACGGCAUUUGCAAUUUUUCAGUGAAUUUGGCAAUAGUGAUAUUUACAUGGCAUUGGCAGGCAAAAAGACCCACGGAGCCCCAGCAAACUAUGGAUUCUGUUUAAAGCCUAACAAAGCAGGAGGGAGCCGAGACCUGAAACUGCUCUAUGCAGAUGAAGAGCAGAGUAGGACGUGCUGGGUGACUGCGAUUAGAUUGCUUAAGUAUGGGAUGCAGCUGCACCAGAAUUAUAUGCAUCCAUGUCCAGGGAGAAGUGGUUGCAGCUCUCAGAAUAUGUCACCUAUGAGAAGCAUCUCAGAGAAUUCUCUUGUUGCAAUGGACUUCUCGGGCCAUAAAAGCAGAGUUAUAGAAAAUCCCACCGAAGCCCUAUCAGUUGCUGUUGAAGAAGGAUUAGCAUGGAGGAAAAAAGGAUGUUUGCGACUGAACACACAUGGUAGUCCCACUGCUUCUCAAAGUUCCUCAACAAACUUAGCCAUUCAUAGGGCACAGCCAUGGUUUCAUCACAGAAUUUCCAGGGAUGAAGCCCAGCGAUUGAUCAUUCAGCAAGGACCUGUAGAUGGAGUUUUCUUGGUACGGGACAGCCAAAGCAACCCCAAAACCUUUGUACUUUCAUUGAGCCAUGGACAAAAGAUAAAGCAUUUUCAAAUUAUACCACUAGAAGAUGAUGGUGAAAUGUUUCAUACCCUGGAUGAUGGUCACACAAGAUUUACUGAUCUCAUACAAUUAGUGGAGUUCUACCAGCUCAAUAAGGGUGUACUUCCUUGCAAGUUAAAACAUUAUUGUUCUCGGAUUGCUCUUUAACUAAAAUGGAAGUCACCCCACAAAGAAUGGAGAGAAAGGAAUUUCAGAAUGAUUUCUUAAAGUCCAUGUGUUGUGGAAAAGCUGCCAUUGGUGAGAAGAGUAGACAGUUCAUCGAUAAACUACAAAGAAUAGUCUGAAUCAUAAAUUAGAGGCCACCUUCAAUUUGCA